CAUAAAGUAAAUUAGUAUGCAUACUUCUUUGGUGAGGCUGUCUGGGACAUUUAAUUUUCUGCCUGUGUCACGUACUGCUUCAGUAAGGUAGCAUAUGGCUUCUAACUAGACGGACACCAAGGAUUUAGUAACUUCAUCUGUUUGAGAUUGGAUUGAAUGAUUUGGAAAGACUUUAAAUUCCUGAAAUGCCUAAAGAAUCCGGUACUGCAGCUCGGCGCAGAACAUUAGGUGUUUCAUAGCUAUGAAAGGUAUAAGAAAGAUCCGAUUCCUUCUGCUCUUCAGCCGCCAAGGGAAGUUGCGAUUACAGAAAUGGUACAUCACAAUUCCUGAGAAAGAAAAACGCAAAAUAGCACGGGAGCUGGUUCACAUUCUUUUAAACCGAAGUCCUAAAACAAGCAGCUUUGUGAACUGGAAGGAUCUGAAGCUUGUUUACAAGAGGUAUGCCAGCCUUUAUUUUUGCUGUGCUAUUGACGACCAGGAUAACGAGCUUCUCACGCUGGAAGUUGUCCAUCGAUUUGUGGAGUUGCUGGAUAAGUAUUUUGGGAAUGUCUGCGAGUUAGAUAUUAUAUUCAACUUUGAAAAAGCUUACUUCAUUUUGGAUGAGUUCCUUAUGGGAGGAGAAAUUCAGGAGACUUCCAAGGAGUCAGUUGUUCGAGCUAUUGAGGAUUCAGACAUGUUACAAGAGACUAUGGAGGAAUACAUGAGCAAACCAACUUUUUAAAAGUGGAAAGACCUUUAGAGCAAAAUCUGCACUUUUAACCUUAUAAGCUGCAGAAGAAUCCAAGCAAUAUAUGGGAGCUUCGGUCAUUAAAAUGGGUGCCGCUGGGCGGACCGCCACAUCGCCAUACAGAAGGUGAAUUUCUGAGGGAAGUUGUAUUGCACAGCUGAAUGGACAUACAAUCUCACGAUGCAGAAAGGAAUAAAGUUGUGCAAAGAGAAUUAUGCUUUUAAGCAAGAAAUAAAAUAUUUUUAUAUGUA